UAGCAAUUGCAGUGAGGUUAUGUUUAGCAAUAAUGGAGUGGACGGUCAUACUACACGUUUAACAGUCAACUGAUACGUGUCUUUUCCCGGAGCCUUAUUGGAAAACGAAAUAUAAUAUAUAUCACAAAAUAGAUUAAGAAAUUGUGCUUAUUAUUAUAAUGGCAUUAUCAAGAGAAUUAUUAAAACGUUUGAAUUCGGAAGACGAACCUUUGCCUAAACGAUUGAAAUUGGCGGAAACUGUGUUUUCCACAGUGGAUUUGCCAUUUAUUCAAAAAGAGGAGAUACUUUUAGACUGGCUGUGUAAAAUAUGUUUAACAAAUCAGCAUGCUUGGAAGACUUUAAAUAAUUGUUUAGAGUUUACUCAUAUUGACAUUAAAACCAAUAUAAAACAUUGUUUGGUUGAUAUGUUAAUACGUGCAUUAAGUGAUUUUACAGAAGGAACAUAUGAAGAGAUUCUUAAAUGCUGUACUUUAAUCCUUGCUAACAAUAGCAUGCAACAAUAUUUUACAAAAAAGAUAGAAGACUUGGGCCUCUUGGUAAAAGUCCUAUUAAACACUGUAUUAAAAUGUUCUAGUUAUCAUAAUGAAGCACAAAGAAAAGAUAAGGAGUCACUUGAAUCUUAUAAAUUAUCAUCUGCAGAAAAUUGUGCUAUAAUUAAUAUUAUUGAAAGUAUAAUGCAGAUAUAUAGACAAUCAAUAACUACAAAGGAAAAACUAAAAAUGACUUUUAUACGUGAUAUUUUAUAUCCUAUGUGUAAUCUAAUUGACCAUAAACAUGUAGAUAGUACAAACAAAUUUGGUAUAGCAGCAUACAAAUGUAUACAGCUGCUGUUAUUAGGAAAAAGAAAUAUCCAAAAUGAUCAAACAAUAAAAAACAAUUCUACAAUAUUUCCAUAUUUAUUCUGUGUGUUGUCUGAGAAUGUGGAAAAACUAAGUCUCCAAAGUAAUCUUACAACAUAUUUGCUUAUUCUUCGUGCUGCAGUAAGCACUUACAAAUCAGAUGCUACUUCAUUGGAUAUAUUCUUCAGACAUUUAAUUGAUACUUCUGGAAAGUACAAAUGGGAAAUAUUGAAUGUUUCUCUUCAAUUAUUAAAUGAUGCAAUGCUCAAUUUUGAAAAUUCUGUAGGAAAUAUUACACUAUCUGAAUAUUUCCAAAAAUUAAUAAAUGAUAUUUUAAUGAAUGACAAUUUGAUAUGUGCUCAAUAUGGGAUACUUGUGCAACUUUCAUAUAUCAACCCAAUUUUAAUAGAAAGAAAUAUUCCAAGUAUCUUAAAUAAGAUACUUGUAAGGGAACAAAAUGCAGAAUAUACGAAUUUAUUAAUCGCAAUAUUGUAUACUAGCACAAAAUUGAGACGAGAACAAAAGAUCAUCUCACAAUUAUUAAUAUCUUUAAAACAAUAUAUUACAGUAAAAAAAAAAUACAAGACAGACAUGUCUGCAUUUUUUCCAUAUGAAUUUAAAAUAAAGUUAGCAAACUCAAUUAAAAAUAUUUCCACUUCACAAAUGAUUACGAGCUUAAGAACAUUAACAUAUUAUUUAAAUACAGACUGUGUAGAACUAUUACAACAUAAUGCUUCAUGUAAAAAUGUGUUAAUGUUGAAAGUGACAGUAGAGUUGCUUGUUACACUUUUCGAAGGUAUGCAAAUUUUUGAACAUACCAAAACAUCAUCUGCUUAUGAGAAAUUUAUUAAUACUCUUAAGGAACUGGGAGAUGCUCUAUCACUGCUGAUAAAUAAGGCACUGUGUUUAAGCCACAACAAAAAUGUUAUCAUAAUACUAUUGACUGCAGUACAGUCUUUGAGCGAAGUGCAAAGUAUGUUGAAAUAUUAUAUGCCAAAGGUUACUCUUACAAAUACAUUAUCAUUCCCAAUUCAAGAUGAUCCUUGGCAACAGUUGAUUCAAAGAAUAAGCAAUUUUGGAGAAGAUAAUUGUAAGAAUAUUAUGAAUAAGCUUAUUAUACAUCGAAUAAAACUAAAUUUAUUAGAUGAGCCUAUUAAACUUCACAAUUUAAUAGGUGGCCUUGAAUAUUCUUGGAACACUAUACUGAAAUAUGAUCCAAAUAUACUUUCUUUGUUACGUGAUAAAGAGAUAUCAAAAAUAACACAUUCAUUAUUGAUAGACAUGACGUCAAAUGAAAAGAAUUUUCACGAAUGUCUAAAUAUAUUGGAUAAAGAAUGCAUUCAAGAAAAUAAGUGCUUUCUAAUGCACCUUUUAAGUCAUAUUCUUAUCCAAAUUGAACAGUUAUUUUCAUCAGAAUGUUCAAAAUCUAUCAUUGAACAUAUUCAUCCUAAGCUGUUAAUGGAGGACAAACAUAAUGAAAAUGAGAAAUUUAUGAAAGUUCUGCAAAUUAUAAAGGAACGGAUAUUGCAACAGCAAUGGAUACCAAUGACAAAUGAAAUUUCCUGUAAAAUUGAAUUGUACUUGGAAAUAUUGCUACAUAUACCAAUUUUAUAUUUCAAUCCUAAUACAAGGACAUUAAUAUUUCUGAUUGUGUAUUCCAUUAGCAAGAAAUGCGGAAUGAAUAAAAAAAUGUUGACUUUAUGCAAUUCAAUAUUUUUAGAUUUAUUAGAAAAAACCGGUAUUGACAUAUUUCAACACAUUGAACCAACAAUACUAGUAAACGAAUUGCCACAGAAUAAAACAUUCUCAAAAGCUUUUGAGUUUUCUCUUCGAAAUAUAACCACAUAUUCUACUCUUAAGAAUCUCAUCAAGAGUUCUACCCAAAGCAAAGAAGCGAUGUGUAUCAUUUUGGAACGUAUAGAGAUAAUCAAACCAAAAUUGAAUCUUAAACAAAAAAUCAUCUUCAAGAAAGCAGAGACAAAAUUAACUAAAAUCAUUCUAAACAUGUUAUCUGAAGAAAUCUCUGAUGCCUUUGAUGUAAGAUGUUUAACAUCAGCAUUGAAAGUAACAAUUUUAUUCAAGAAAAAUUCUCUAAAAGAAUUGUGUAUAUCAGUAGCCGGAUCAACUCUCAAAAAUAUAUUUAUGACGAAAAAAAAUCUAAGUGACUCGACUAACGGCUUAUUGCAAGAAGGCAUGCAAUUAGCUACUGUUGUUCUACGAUAUCGUAAAGAAUUCGAAAUCCAAGACGUGAUUGUCGAAAACUUAUGGUUUGUAAUGCUAAAAUAUCCUAAUGAAAAUUUACACAAGUCGUUACUGGCGUCUGCUCAAUUGAAAGAGUUUUAUACAUUUAUAAGACUACUACACGACGAAACGGUCAAGAGUUUGUCGCAAGCAGAUGAAACAUGGACGAAUCUGUUGAUCAUCUGGAGCGACAUAAUAAAAACGGAUAUGCGUAUGAAACGUAGUAAAAUAUAUUUCGACGCAAUCAACAAUCUAUUUGGAACUGUGCAAUUGUUACAAAUUCCAGACAGAUGUUGGUCAGAUCUUGUUCAUUUGGCGCACGAUAUAAUCAAUGCCAAACACUCGGUUAUCCCCAACGAUACUUUCGAUUUCAUUAUGAUGAUCAGUCUAAAAUCGCUCGAAAAAGUAAAAAUAUCAUCCUGUGAAAAUGUGCUUGCGUUAUGUGGAAUUCUGAUAAAAGUGAGAACGAAUUUAAUAAUCGACAGUUUACCUACUUUAUUGCUAUUAUACAGAAAUGUGAUGAAUGUUAUUGUUCACGCGUCGAAAAACAUAUCUGAUAAAUUUAAGGAGCACCAGUUCAGAUGCUUAGCGCUCGAUAUUGAAAAAUUUAUAGGCCUGUUGGUAAAAUUAAAGAAGGAUAUGAUGCGAUUGAGUCCCUAUCUGAUUGCCGACAUAUUGCAGUUGUUUAUAGAGAGUACUAUACCAUCUUAUAUGAAAAUAGCUUUGCAGAAUUCUCUAUGCCACUUAAUUGGCAUUUGUGAUCAGCAUGGAAUUGCUCUAUUGUCUCGUACACUACCGACAUCGUUGCAAGAAGUUUUCAAAGUACAAUUAAAUAUGUUCAAUAAAUUUUAUAAGUAUUCUGGCAAGAUCUAAAUGUUAACUGCUUGUGUAAGAAUUUUGUUCAAUUUUUCUAAGGAAUAAAAUUAUAAGAAUAAAUGUGGCAU